AUGACCUUCUCGACACAACAACUCCCUCUUCUCAUCUUCUUCUUCUUCUUCUUCUUCUUCAUCGUCCCUCUCCUCAACGCAUCACAACCAAAACCUUGCUACACUUCCUCAUGUGCACAAGGGAAUGUCCAUGUCCGUUUCCCUUUCUCCCUAUUCCCCUAUCAACCUGAGUCUUGUGGCCACACAGGAUUCAACCUCCUAUGCAAUGAUCGUGGGGACACUGCCUUGAAGCUUCCUCAGUCUGAACCAUUUCUUGUCAGAGAGAUCGACUAUGAAACACAGCGUAUUCGCCUCAACGACCCUGACAACUGCUUGGCCAGACGGCUUCUUAACUUUGACCCCUCUGGUUCUCCUUUCUCUCCUCUUCGUCCUCGCAACUACACGUUCUUGAUCUGUCCUAAGGAAGAUAACGUCACUGUAUCCUUCAAAGCCAUCGAUUGCCUUGGUAACUCUACUUCCUCCUUCUUCCUUGUGCAGUUGGAGCUGGUCAGUUUGAUGCCGUCUUCUUGUCAGAUCUUUAAGACAUUACCUCUUCCAUUUUCUUGGUCUGCCGGCCAAAACAGUCGAGACCUGUGGCUCAAAUGGGACUCGCCGGAUUGCAGAGAUUGUGAGAGGAGGCCUAAUUCGAGAUGUGGAUUCAGAAACAAUACUUCCCUCCAAGUCCAAUGCUUCAGUUCUGUUAACCCUGGAAUUCACAACACAGGGUUACAAGUACUAAAGAUAAUCUGCCUCUCCCUAGUCGGACCACUCACUGCCUUGACUUUUUGUUUCGGUCUUGCCAUGUGCAGUUCUGAGAGAGUCUCCUCCCAGAUACAACACGCAGUGGUUGCACGGCUUUCGGGAUCUGUAACGAUAACGCCACAGCCAAGCGACGAAGUCACAAGGAUGGGUCUCGAUGAGUCUACUAUUGAGUCAUACAAGAAAGUUGAGUUAGGGGAGAGCCGGAGACUCCCGACCGGGUCAAAUGAUGAUGUAUGUUCCAUUUGUUUGUCAGAAUAUGCAACCAGAGAAAGUGUUAGGUGUUUACCAGAAUGUGAACAUUGCUUCCAUACCGAAUGUAUUGAUGCGUGGCUCAAGUUGCAUAGUUCUUGCCCGGUUUGUCGGAGUAAUCCUUCUCCCACACAUGAAGGGUGCAACUAACUUUGUAUGCAUAAAUCGAUUUGUAUAUAAGUCUUGGAUUUGCCAAAAGAUAUUUUGAAAAUGUUUUAUCAGCGUA